UGUUUAGAGGCCUGCUGUCCGCCACCCCGAUCGCCCACCACCGACGUUCCCGGGUGCAGUGCAGCCCACGCCUGCCCCUUCUGCGUUAACCCCCUAAGGACCUCAAGUCCCCGCUGUGCUUUAGGCAGCACAUACUACACUGAGGGACCCAGGCAGCCACGUGCGCAGGAUGCACGACCAUGGCUUCGCGAGGUCAACGCUGAGGGAGUGCACGCCACCCGCGGAAACUGCCACGCGGGACGCGAUUGUUGGGUGCCUUACAAAAGAAACACUUUAAGCACCAAGAGGGCCCCGUUCCUGUGGAGCACUGAAACCAUAAGGGAUACUGCUGUCAAAAAUCAGUAACACAAUGAGGAGAGAAAAGGGAGUAGAGGAUGGAUCAAAGUCAUCGGGAAUUAUGAACAGUUACAGUACAAGAAACUGAGGCUUGAGUUAUCACAAGUUUGGGGUUAGCCUGCGCUACAUAACCCAAGGGCAGCUGGGGCUAUCUCCCAAGACCCUGUCUCAAAGCAAAAAACAGGUGUUUCCACAUUUGCAAACUUCCUGGCAGAGUCAUGGGGAUUCCCGUGCUUCGGUUCUCCCUGGGGGUCAUCCUUGUGCUACUGGUUGUAGCUGGAGCUUUGACCAAUUUGCUCCCCAACAUCAAAGAAGACAAGAUGCUCUCUGUACGCAGGGAAGUCAAGCCCCAGAGCACUUCGGCCCUGGAUUCUUUUACUCUCAUCAUGCAGACAUACAACAGAACAGACCUCUUACUGAGACUCUUGAAUCAUUACCAGGCAAUACCAAACCUGCACAAAGUGAUCGUGGUGUGGAACAAUGUGGGAGAGAAGGGACCAGAGGAGCUAUGGAACUCUCUGGGUCCUCAUCCUGUCCCUGUCAUCUUCAAAUCACAAACAGCAAACAGAAUGAGGAAUAGGUUCCAGGUCUUCCCUGAACUGGAAACCAACGCAGUAUUAAUGAUAGAUGAUGACAUACUCAUUAGUUCUCAGGACCUUGCUUUUGGUUUCUCAGUCUGGCAGCAAUUUCCUGACCAGAUCGUAGGAUUUAUACCUAGAAAACACAUCUCUACUCCGUCCGGUGUCUACAAUUAUGGAAAUUUUGUACUGCAGACUCCAGGGGCGGGAAGCGGUGACCAGUACUCCAUGGUGCUCAUUGGAGUCUCCUUCUUCAACAGCAAAUACCUUGAACUCUUCCAGAGGCAGCCUACAGCCGUCCAUGCAAUGAUAGACGAGACGCAAAACUGCGAUGACAUUGCUAUGAAUUUCAUCAUCAGCAAGCACACAGGGAAGUCUUCGGGGAUAUUUGUGAAACCUGUAAACAUGGCCCUUUUGGAUAAAGAAACCAGUGGCCAUUCUGGCAUGUGGCAUCGGGCAGAGCACUUCCUGCAAAGAUCUUACUGUAUAAAUAAGCUUGUUACUAUCUACGAUGGCAUGCCCUUAAAAUACUCUAACAUUAUGAUUUCCCAGUUCGGUUUUCCAUAUUUUAACCACAUAAGUAAAAUAUGAACAGGAAACAAACAAAAACAAACCCAAAACACUACUAGGUUUUUGAGUGGCUUCUCCAUGCUGUGCUUUUUUUUUUUUAUUAUUAUUUUUUUAUUUUUAA